CCAGCCCUACAGAGUAUUGUUAGGCCCUUUGUCUUUGAAUGAUGUCUUCGCAAAUCGCUCGAUCCAUUGCCUAGUCAGUCCUCAACAAUGGACACUUCCGAGGACCUGCCGAAUGGGCGGCCAGGCUCAAACUCAGAAGCGAGUGAUGGGUCAGAGAAAAUAGCUUCACCAGUUCCGGAUGUGAACGCAACGGCACCCAACGCCAAUGUCGAGCAAGAAGAAAAAGAAGAUGACGCAGUUAGCAUCAAAACCACAACAGACGAGCUUCUCGGCGAAGGCACCGAGACAUCGCCCAGAGAACAUAAACUUGGACUCGACAUAAACUUUCCGUGGGGUUGGUCUGGCUCCUCCUAUGAUGAUUAUGAUGUCAUUACUGUGCACGGCAUACGAGAUGAUUAUAAAACUGCCUGGAUUGACAGUAAGGGAAGCUGGUUCUUGAAAGACACUUUAUUCAAGCAUAUGUCUGUGAGAGAGAUCGAUUAUUCUUAUGAGAAUCAUGAGGAGUCGAUCCUCUAUAAGCCUGAUGGCAUUCGAAUUCUCGCAGGAAAGCUUAUCGACGAAUACGCAGCGGUUCGAACAAAGCUUGAAGAAACUGAAACAGAGCGCCCUAUCAUCUGGGUUUGCCAUGACUUUGGAGGUACCAUCGUCAAAGAGGCUCUUUCAAUAGCAGCUCACAGCCCUGGAAGAUGUGGAAAGAUAUUUAUGCUUACCACGGGAUUGGUUUUUAUGGGCUCGCCUCACCGAUUCCAAUCGCAGGACGAUCUCGAGGAUCAGUUGCACAAACUCAUUCAACUUCCCGGUCCGGAGAUCAAAAACAAGACAAUGCUGAAAAUCAAGCAUCUUGCAAGGCAAAUUGACAGCGCUAAUCUAAGAUUUCUGGAAACCAAGCUAUUUGACAGAGCCACUACUUUCAAUAUCUUUAUUCAAGACGCCAAAGCUAGUCUUGCAGCGAAGUCCGCUGAUGAUAAGUCUCUUGGUGCUGAUGGAAUCGACUACGAGAACGAAGACUUUAGUAAGGCGAUAACUCCGUUUUCAAGAAACUCACACUUUGUUGGGCAUUCAUUUGAAGCGGCUGGAAGAUGGCGAUGGGAUGACUUUGGGCACAUGGACUUUGUUCGUGAAACCAUUAGUUCUUUCUUUAGUGAUAUUGCCUACGCUUUUGGAGCGACUGGCUUUCCUUUCAAAGUCGGCUAUUGUCUAAUCCCGUUUCAAAAACGCCUCCUCUCCCUUGUGCCCCCAACUCGGCAAUUGAGCAUUCCCUUUGAUCCAGUUCUACCGCAUCCUCCCGCGCUGAAGUGGAUACAUGAGCAAGAACCCUACAUCUCGUUCGAGAAGACGAAAUCAGGAUUCAACUACUUGCUUCUUCAUGGCGACGGAAAUCCACUGGUCAAUAUUUCCGAGGUGUCCCGUUUCUUUCACGCUGCCCUGGACUUCCACGUUGUCUCACUAGAAGCGAAAGCCGCAGAAAAGUCGAUCAUCUACUUCGAAUUUGAUCAGAACGACUCGCGAUACGCCAGUCUUUUAUCCAUGUUGACAUACCUGGUCAAUGUCAUUUUAAUUCGUUUCUGGCGCGAGUUCGAAGCCUUUCCCUAUGAGGAAUUUCUCUUUCUCAGCGAGACGUGUUCAUGGACAGUCGAAGAUCUAUACCACAUAUAUUCCCAGUUUAGAAGGGUAGCCCCAGGUACUCGCGACCUCACAGUAUUUAUCAGCUGCUUUGAUCAAUGUCCGCCGGAGGAACGAAAAUGGUUUAUGGACCGUAUUCUGAGUGAGCAGAGUAAAAGCAUCGCCACUUAUCACUUGAUCAUAACGACUUCUACCAGAGAAGGGCUUGAUCUCGACGAAACCCCGCGUGGAAAGCACAUCAACCUCAUGGAAUGUCCUUUGUUUAACGAGCCGAACGGCAAACUAAAGAAGGAGUUCCAGGCUGAGUUAGAUAACUUGGUUGCCAUGCGACCAAUUUACGAAGAGUCUCGAUCCCAAAUCCAAGAUCUACUUCAGGGAUGUCAUGACACACCGCACCUUGGACACCUGGUCUUAGCCUGGCUUGGAUCUUCGCUUCGAGGUAGCUCAAAGCAAGGCAUUGCGGCUACCGUCAAAAGCUUGCUUCCUAUAUCAGCAAAAGCCAUUGUUGAUGUGUUUAUGUCAUCUAUCGAGCCAAGUAUCAAGAUAAAAGCGGAGACUUCUUUUGAUUGGAUCAAGCACGCUGCAGAACCUUUGUCGCCGGAGGCUCUCAUUGACGCCCUUGCAGUUCAUAUGACCGAUGACAAGGAUAUUGUAUUGGAAGACCUCGAUAAGGAAGCCGAGAUGGCCGAAUUGAUCAAGGCCUUUGGUGGGAUCAUUACUGUCGAGAAUGGCGAUGUGAAGUUCAGCCACCCAACAUUCUAUCAAGUGAUCCGACUUGACCAAGAUGCAAAAGAAUCAACGGCUAGGAUUAACAGCUCAAUGGCUGCAGCAUGUUUACGGUACUUUCAAUUCGAGAAUGCCCAAAAGACGCUGACCGAACUUUGUUCGGCAAACUUCGAAGGAUCCUCGCUGGAAACGCCGCUGGAUAUAGUUGUCACUUCUCACCAACGAACCACCUUUGCUGAGUAUGCUGUUCGGUUCUGGCCUCAUCAUUACAAGGUCAGCGAGCAGUUCAGUCCCAAACAGCUUGUUCAUGAACUCUUCGACAGCAAGCUAUCCCGAGCUGCCUGGGAGGUUUCUUUCUGGCUCCUCUCUAACCCUUUCACAAGGAUUAAUCGACAUUACAUAUCGACGCUCCCAGUGUUCGCCAUGUUGGGCCUAGAAGACUUGUUGGAUGAGAAGAUGAACUCUGAAAUGAGUCACCCCUGGUUCAAUGACAACUGUUGGCUUUCAAUCACGGAAGCCAUUCGAUCAGGGGAAAAAAGUAUUGCAAAGAAACUAUUGGAUCAGGUCGAUGUAAAUGAAGAUGAGCUUCAAACCUCCCUAUUCUGGGCAGCUGCUCAGGAUGACAGAGAAACUCUAGAUGCUUUGAUUUCCAAGAUCCCCGACCUCAAGACUUUCCCUUGGCCCGAAACCUUUAUGCAUCGACUCACUUCAACUGGUCAGGACACCUUACUGGCUACAGUAUUGGCAUCCGGCAGUGACAUCAACAACACAGGACCCUACUGGGGCUGUCCACCAACCCUUAUUGCAGCCUGGCGGAAUCGAGUUUCGACGCUAGACCUCAUCUUGAGAUCAGAGCCAAAACCUGACUUGACUAUUGAGGACAAUACCGGUGAUAACCUUCUGAUCGCUGCUGUGAGGCUGGGAAAUCCAGAGGUGGUCAAACUUAUUGUUGAUGCCGGCGCGGAUCUCAAAAAUGGUAGGAAGGCUCAUGAUCUGGUACGAGCUGCCGUGAGAAGCGGUUCACAUGAAGUCGUCGGUAUACUCCUUGAAGCCGGUGCCAAGGUUGAGAUGGACGCGGAGGAUGAACAAUCACCACUUUCGCUUGCUGCGGCUAAUGGCCUUCUAGAGUGUGUAAGGGUGCUGCUUGAUCACAAAGCAGACCCAAAUGCCAAUAGCUCUGCUGGCACUGCACUUUACGCAGCCGUGGAAAAGGAACAUCUGGAUAUCGUUCGAUUCUUACUCGAGCACGAUCCCAAGCCAAGUAUGGAUAUUGCUCCUCUGUACAAAGACUCACUUUUCAUCCGUGCUAUCUGCACUGAAAAUAUUGACUUGGUAUCGCUUUUGAUCAAACAUGGCGCAAAGAUUGAUUACGUCGACUCUCUUGACGCAUUCAACAAGUCCCCUCUGUCUAGAGCUGUUCGCGAAGGAAACUUGGACAUGGUGAAGCUUCUUGUUGAGAAUGGGGCUGAUAUCAAUUACUCGGAAGGCGGAACAGACCCCCCGAUGUUUGCGUCCCUGUACUACAACCAGAACGACAUAGCGAAGUAUCUGCUGCAGAUUGAUGGCGUUGACUUGACGUGGAAAGGGCCUGAAGGAAUGGGUACCCUUCAUGGGGCAUUUAACAGCCCAAAGAUUCUACCAGAUCUGCUAAAGAGAGACCCCCCUAUGAAUGGCAUGAGUAUAUGGGGUACAGAGCUACACAUGGCGGCGCGUGAUGAUGAGCUAGAGUCUGUGGAAAUACUCCUCAAGAAUGAACCGAAGCCCGACCUCGAGGCGACGAUGGGAGAUGAUGCCUCAAAUACGUUUGAGGUCGGUUAUACUCCUUUACAAGUGGCUUGCCAUCACCUUGCUUUCCGAUCCGUCAAGGCCCUCUUAGAAGCUGGUGCUAACCCUCACGUCCUUACCAACGACAAAGAAGAUCUUGUCGAUAUCGUGCUGGGACGUGAGGUAAACUCGGACAACAUUGAGAAAAUUCUAAAGUUACUGAUUUCAGAACCAUACAAUCUACCCACCGAACGAGUCAAUGAUCAGAACCGCACCCGGCUCCAUAGCAUCAACGAAACUACAACCCUUGCCGUAUUUCGACUUUUUACCGAGCCGAAGCCAAAUCUGGAUGCUCGGGACAACAAGGGUUACACCCCUCUGGCCGUGGCUAUCAGCAAGUCUAACAAGGGCAUCGCCAAAACCCUCAUCGAACAAGGUGCUACUGUCAAUAUCUUCAGUCCAAAUUACGGAAGCAUCCUGCAUUUGGCUACCAGCGCUGGAUCCGUGGAUCUCGUUAAGCUGUUAUUGGGAUCGGGUGCAGAUCCUGAUCUGGUUGAUCUUGAGUACGGCGAAUCCCUCCUGUACACAGCUCUUGGCAUUGAAGACGAAACCAAACUCAAAAAGAUGAUUCGGUAUCUUGUUGACGAAGCAAAGGUUCCAAUCGACAAGUUGGGGGGCAAAUUGGGAUAUCCUAUCAUUCGAGCAACGGAUAGAGCAUCAGGCUAUGGUCUAUAUGACACAGGCCGUAAAUUGGUGAAAUUCCUGAUCAGACGCAACAUUCGCCUGGAUGUUUCCGACAACCAGGGUCGCCGAGCUGUGCACUUCGCUUGCAAAUCACCUUUCACUGAUAUUCUCAAGACCCUUGUUAGUGCUGGAGCAGAUAUCCAUUCCGCCGACAAGUUUGGCCGUAAGCCAAUUCACUUCGCAGCCUCAAAUCCGUACGAACGCUGCCUUGUUUACCUGCUUGAGACGCUUGGAAAGACAGAUGUCGACGUCAAGGACCACGACCAAUGGACCAUUUUAAUGUGGGCUGCACGCUCUGGUGAGUUCAAUUCUGUGGAGACGCUCCUGGAACGAGGCGCCGACAUCUGGGCGCGAAGCCGAUCUUCUGAGCAGCGAACUGAGUGGUCACCGCUCAAGCUGGCCAACUUUGCUGGCCGUAGUCAGUGGAUUACCGAUCUGCUCGUGCCCAAGGAGUUAUCCAGGACCAAAGGAGACGGUAGUCAAGAAGAAUGGGACGAAUACUUUCACAAGUGCAAGGUAGGGGAUGACAAGCGUGUGAUAUGCGAUAGCUGUCUAGUUGUAAGCCAAUCAUUCAUAGCCCUUUUCUGGACCGGACUAACGAUUGGCGAUUCCUGUAGCUUAUCAGUGGUCUGCGUUGGGACUGUAUUGAGUGCAACGAUAGCUUUUCGCUGUGUUUCAAAUGUGUCCCUCACAAGUCCGACCUCCAUAAUCCGGAACAUAGUUUUAGGGACAUUGGGCCUCUUUAUGAAACGGAGUCAGUGGCAGGCAGUGUAAGAAGCGACAGCUCCCAGGAACUAGCGCCUGCAAAGGAAGAGGAUGGAAACUCGGAAAGUAGUGCUGGGAUUGAUCUUCAGAACUUGGAGUUAGAUUUAGAAGACUAGGCGAGCUUUAGGAGGGGGUGUAAAUAAGUUGAUCUAGCUAAAUAUAAGUACCUUUAAUAGAAUAAUUUGAGUUAAAUUAUGAAAGUAGA